UUAAAACAAUGAAAAGAAAAUGCAGAUUAAUUCACAUUCAGAAAAGGCAUCUUCAGUGUAUAGUAGUGAUAGUAAUCAAGAUGAUACUAAGGGGUCUUGCUCAGCUAAUAAGAAAUCAAGUUCAAGUAUGAAACUUAACAGUUUAAAGAAUAAUGAAAUCACUCAUAAUGUGCAGGCCAAGAGAACUCAAAAUCUUGGAGAGGAAUUUGAUGUCUUGGCUAUUAAAGUUAAUAAAAAGCAUGAUUCAGAAUUGGACCUCUUUGCAGAUCUUGUACCUAAAUUUAACACAAAGAAAUUUGACCUGGAGACCUUGUUAAUGGAAGCCAACUGUAAAGUGCUAGGAAUACAAAAAGUUCAGCUGCCAUCAGUUUCUGAGACUUUAGCAGGGUUAGAUACAAGUGCGGCUGGUGAAGGAGGGGGUAAGGAGAAAAGGGGUAGCAUAUUGAUAUUUUGA